AUGGCCAUCACCUCGUUGGACAUGAACCCAAAAUUCUCCGCCAGCAACCCUUCGAUGAAUAAAAGAUGGCCUCCGCUGGCUGACAAGACCUCUCUCCCUUACAAACUCACUUCUCUCUCCCGUCAAAAACUCGCUCGUGAGGCUACCGCCCCGAAUCCUGAUAUCCGUCGUUGUCUCGGCCACUUUCGUCUCCACUGCUCGUCCAUGGAAUGGGCGCAGAAGGAUAUGACUACUCGCAUCAACUCUUUUGAGAUGGAGGACGAUGAUGAGGACGAGGAGGAAGAGGUGCAGCAACAACAGGAAGAGAAGGAGGACAAACAAACCAAGGAACUUCCGUUGCUAGGAGCCGACCAUGAGGACAAGAACAAGGUCAAGGGUCGCAAGGACGACGAAGAUGAGGAGGGUUCCGACAGGAAGCAAUUGCAUGUUCGGUUCCAGAUCUCCGUGAAGCCUUCGACUACCACUACCACACCCUCGCAAUCCUCUUCUCCAUCACAAUCACCGACUCCGUCUUCUCCCUCCUCUCCGUCCGACAAAGAGACGGAGAACGCAAAGGACGGACUCUUGGAAAAGGGGAUCAGCUGUAUCGAAAAAACACGACAGCACUUCUGGUCAAAUCCGGCACAGUGCCUUCCAAUCCGGAUAGCCAGUUAG